GUUGCUGCUGCAGUUCAGUAGGGUUUACAAUCAGAGUUCCCCAAUCAGUGAUUUUUAAACUAGAGAACUAAAUUGGAUUGGAUUUCUCUGAAUCUGAUAUCAAACAUCCCUGAAAAUUAAUAAAAAAAGAAAAAGAAAAAAAUGUUGAUUCAACUUCCUCGGCUGACAAGCUCUCUCAGAAGCCCCUUCGAUAUCGACCAAGCCUAUCUCCAGAGAAAAGUCCUCCUUCAAAACUACCUCAAGAAGCCUAACAAUACUGCAAACUCGCUUCAUGAAUCAGAACUCGCGAGGAAGAUUAUUGAUGGAUGGGAAGAAGCCUCAACCGAAGUGCGACAAGCGUACAGGCAAUUUAUUGGAGGAGUUGUGGAGCUGAUAGAUGGAGAGGUGCAAUCAGAGGAGUUCCGCGAGGUGGCAUUGAAUGUGUACCGCAUAUUUGGGGAAGAGGAGAGUGCCGACAGCAGCUUUACCCAAAAGAAGUCGAAAUUGCAGAAACUUAUUGGUCAUGCAGUUUCAGAUGCUAGGUUGCAGAAAGUUGCCGCUCUAUCACAGAGGCUUUAUGGUUUGCAACCAAGAAACUCUGGAGCUGCACUUAUUGUAGAAAGUCAUGGCAAUGGGAAUGGGGAUGAUCUAGAGUUUGGUGCUGACCUUGCUUUCCAAGCGCCAGCUAGGUUUCUGGUGGAUACUAGUUUGGAGGAUGGUGAACUGUUGGGUGAGGAAAGUGCUGCUCCUCUUUCCAUGUUUCAUGAUGGAUGGUAUGAUCAUGGUGACCCGGGACAAAAUCAUUCUACUACUGAUGGUGGAAAUUUCGAUUUAAGUUGGUUAAGAGAUGCAUGUGACCAGAUAGUUGGAGAAAGUACUUCACAGCUUUCCCAAGAUGAUCUUCCAAUGGCUAUAUGCCGUGUACUUGAUUCAGACAAGCCCGGUGAGGAGAUAGCCGGUGAUUUAUUGGAUCUUGUCGGGGAUAGUGCUUUCGAAAUUGUACAAGACCUCAUACUGCAUCGCAAGGAACUUGUUGAUGCUAUCCAUCGUGGAUUGUCUCUACUUAAAUCAGAUAAAACGGCCUCAAACACUCAAUCACGCAUGCCUAGUUAUGGUACUCAGGUUACCAUCCAAACAGAAUCUGCGAAGCAAAUUGAUAAACUCCGGCGCAAGGAAGAAAAGCGAAAUAGACGUGGAACAGAACAUGGGGUUGAGAGUGAUGUGGCAGUUGCAAGUUUUUCAUCUUUACUUCAAGCAAGUGAGAGGAAAAACCCAUUUGACAAUCUUAUUGGGUCUGGACCAGGACCCCAUUCAUUGUUGGUGACUGCUCUUCCGCAAGGUACUGUCAGGAAACAUUACAAGGGGUAUGAGGAAGUCAUUAUCCCCCCAACACCAACCACAGAAAUGAAACCUGGAGAAAAGCUGAUUGAGAUAAAGGAGUUGGAUGACUUUGCUCAAGCUGCUUUUCAUGGCUAUAAAUCUCUAAACCGGAUACAGAGCUGGAUAUUUCAAACCGUCUAUUACACUAACGAGAAUAUACUUGUUUGUGCACCGACAGGAGCUGGCAAAACAAACAUAGCUAUGAUCUCUGUUCUACAUGAGAUUGGACAGCACUUCAAGGAUGGGUACUUGCACAAAGAUGAAUUUAAGAUAGUUUAUGUUGCUCCUAUGAAGGCGUUAGCUGCAGAGGUCACAUCAACAUUUAGCCAUCGCUUAUCUCCAUUGAACAUGACUGUGAGAGAACUUACUGGGGACAUGCAACUGUCUAAGAGUGAACUUGAAGAGACUCAGAUGAUAGUGACAACACCUGAGAAAUGGGAUGUCAUCACUCGUAAGAGCAGUGAUAUGUCUCUCUCAAUGCUGGUGAAGCUCUUAAUUAUUGAUGAAGUACAUCUUUUGAAUGAUGAUAGAGGCCCUGUGAUAGAGGCACUAGUUGCCAGGACUCUGCGACAGGUUGAGUCAACACAGACAAUGAUACGCAUUGUUGGACUUUCAGCCACUCUACCCAAUUACCUGGAGGUUGCUCAAUUUCUCAGAGUGAGUCCAGAGACAGGUCUCUUCUUCUUUGAUUCUAGUUAUCGUCCAGUGCCUCUUGCCCAACAGUAUAUUGGAAUUAGUGAGCAGAACUUUGCAGCUCGCAAGGACUUGCUGAAUGAAAUAUGUUAUAAAAAGGUUGUUGAUUCAUUAAAGCAAGGUCAUCAAGCAAUGGUAUUUGUUCAUUCCAGGAAGGAUACAGCAAAGACGGCUGAGAAACUGGUUGAACUUGCACGGAAUAAUGAAGAUGUAGAGCUCUUUAGAAAUGAUGAACAUCCACAAUUUGCCUUGUUCAAGAAAGAAGUCAUGAAGUCCAGAAACAAAGAUCUUGUUGAACUCUUUGGAAGUGGGAUUGGUGUUCAUCAUGCUGGGAUGCUAAGAGCUGACCGAGGUCUAACUGAACGGCUUUUCUCUGGUGGACUUUUGAAGGUACUUGUUUGCACAGCAACUUUGGCAUGGGGUGUAAAUCUACCUGCUCACACUGUUGUGAUUAAGGGGACCCAGUUAUAUGAUCCAAAGGCUGGUGGGUGGCGUGACAUAGGCAUGCUUGAUGUUAUGCAGAUCUUUGGAAGGGCUGGGAGACCUCAGUUUGACAAGAGUGGUGAAGGCAUCAUAAUCACGUCCCAUGAGAAACUGGCAUACUAUCUAAGGUUGCUGACAUGUCAACUUCCUAUAGAAAGUCAGUUUAUUAGCUCUUUAAAAGAUAAUUUAAAUGCUGAGGUGGCAUUGGGUACUGUUACCAAUGUCAAGGAAGCUUGUGCAUGGCUUGGUUACACAUAUCUUUUUAUCAGGAUGAGGCAGAAUCCUCUGGCAUAUGGUAUCGGGUGGGAUGAGGUCAUUGAAGACCCUUCGUUGAGUUUAAAGCAGAGAGCUCUUGUAACAGAUGCUGCACGUGCACUUGACAAAGCUAAAAUGAUGCGAUUUGAUGAGAAAAGUGGCAAUUUUUACUGCACAGAGCUUGGUCGCAUUGCAAGCCACUUUUAUAUACAAUAUUCUAGCGUUGAAACUUACAAUGAAUUGUUGAGGCGCCACAUGAAUGAUAGCGAGGUUAUUGACAUGGUUGCCCAUUCUUCUGAAUUUGAGAAUAUUGUUGUUCGAGAAGAGGAGCAAAAUGAGCUGGAGAUGUUGUUGCGUUCAUCAUGCCCUUUAGAAGUUAGGGGCGGUCCUUCAAACAAGCAUGGGAAAAUUUCAAUUCUUAUUCAGUUGUACAUAUCUCGUGGCUCGAUUGAUACCUUUUCACUGGUUUCUGAUGCUUCAUAUAUCAGUGCAAGCUUGGCUCGUAUCAUGCGGGCAUUGUUUGAGAUUUGUUUGCGCAGAGGCUGGAGUGAGAUGUCUUUAUUCAUGUUGGAAUACUGCAAGGCUGUAGAUCGCCAAAUCUGGCCUCAUCAACAUCCACUUAGACAAUUUGACAAGGAUCUUUCAGCAGAAAUAUUGCGGAAGCUAGAGGAACGAGGAUCUGACUUAGAUCAUCUGCAAGAGAUGGAAGAAAAGGAUAUUGGAACACUUAUUCGUUAUGCUCCUGGAGGAAGGUUGGUUAAGCAAUAUUUGGGAUAUUUCCCAAGGAUCCAGUUAUCAGCAACUGUAAGUCCAAUCACCAGAACAGUAUUGAAGCUGGAUUUGCUCAUAAUUCCAGAAUUCAUAUGGAAAGAUCGUUUCCAUGGUGCUGCUCAACGUUGGUGGAUUCUUGUUGAGGAUUCUGAGAAUGACCACAUCUAUCAUUCUGAGCUUUUAACUCUGACAAAGCGGAUGAUUCGUGGGGAACCUCACAAGCUAUCCUUCACUGUGCCAAUUUUUGAACCACAUCCCCCACAAUAUUACAUUCGUGCUGUUUCUGAUUCUUGGUUGCAUGCUGAAUCUUUCUACACUAUAUCUUUCCAUAAUCUCGCGCUACCAGAGGCUCGUACUUCACAUACAGAACUUCUAGAUUUGAAACCGCUUCCUGUAACUUCACUUGGGAACAACACUUAUGAAGCCUUGUACAGCUUUUCUCAUUUCAAUCCUAUACAAACACAGAUCUUUCAUAUUCUGUAUCACUCUGACAAUAAUGUUCUGUUAGGAGCUCCCACUGGAAGUGGGAAAACAAUAGCUGCUGAACUUGCUAUGCUUCGCCUCUUUAAUACACAGCCUGACAUGAAGGUUAUUUACAUAGCACCUCUGAAGGCUAUUGUUCGAGAAAGAAUGAAUGAUUGGAGAAAGCAUCUUGUCUCUCAGCUUGGGAAACAGAUGGUUGAAAUGACUGGAGAUUAUACUCCUGAUUUGAUGGCUCUCUUGUCAGCUGAUAUCAUUAUAUCCACUCCUGAGAAGUGGGAUGGCAUCAGUCGUAAUUGGCAUAGUAGAGGCUAUGUAACGAAGGUUGGACUUGUGAUCUUAGAUGAGAUUCAUUUACUGGGAGCUGAUCGUGGACCUAUCCUUGAGGUUAUUGUUUCUAGGAUGAGAUACAUAUCAUCACAAACAGAGCGUGCGGUGCGUUUUGUAGGUCUUUCAACUGCUUUGGCAAAUGCAAGUGAUUUGGCUGAUUGGUUGGGUGUUGGUGAAAUCGGGCUCUUCAAUUUCAAGCCAAGUGUGAGACCUGUGCCUCUUGAAGUGCAUAUCCAGGGAUAUCCUGGAAAGUAUUACUGCCCAAGGAUGAAUAGCAUGAAUAAACCUGCCUAUGCUGCAAUAUGCACCCAUUCACCGACAAAACCAGUUAUCAUAUUUGUUUCAUCUCGUCGCCAGACAAGGCUCACUGCUCUUGACCUUAUUCAGUUUGCAGCUUCAGAUGAACAUCCUAGGCAGUUCCUCAGUAUGACAGAAGAAGUGCUGCAGAUGGUUCUCUCUCAGGUCACUGAUCAGAACCUCAGGCACACCUUACAGUUUGGGAUUGGGCUGCACCAUGCAGGUCUGAAUGAAAGAGAUAGAUCUCUGGUUGAGGAACUUUUUGCAAAUAACAAGAUCCAGGUAUUGGUAUGUACUAGUACAUUGGCAUGGGGUGUAAAUCUUCCAGCCCAUCUAGUUAUUAUCAAGGGAACAGAAUAUUAUGAUGGAAAAGCAAAGAGAUAUGUAGAUUUUCCAAUCACAGAUAUCUUGCAAAUGAUGGGUCGUGCUGGCCGUCCACAGUAUGAUCAACAUGGCAAAGCUGUUAUUCUUGUUCAUGAACCCAAAAAGAGCUUCUAUAAAAAGUUUUUGUACGAACCGUUUCCAGUUGAGAGUAGUCUGAGGGAGCAAUUGCACGAACACAUCAAUGCAGAGAUAGUGACUGGCACAAUUUGCCACAAAGAGGAUGCAAUGCAUUAUCUUACAUGGACUUACUUGUUCCGUAGAUUGAUGGUUAAUCCAGCCUACUAUGGGUUAGAGAAUGCGGAGGCUGAAACUCUGAAUUCUUAUUUGUCUAGAUUAGUGCAAACUACAUUUGAAGACCUGGAAGACAGUGGGUGUAUAAAGAUGGAUGAGGAAAAUGUUGAGUCCAUGGUGUUGGGUACGAUAGCAUCACAAUAUUACCUUAGCUACAUGACUGUAUCAAUGUUUGGGUCAAACAUAGGGCCAGAUACAUCUCUUGAAAUGUUUUUGCAUAUCCUAUCCGGUGCUUCAGAAUAUGAUGAACUUCCUGUGCGGCAUAACGAGGAAAAUUACAAUGAAGCGUUGUCUGGAAGAGUUCGAUAUAUGGUGGAUAAGAAUGGCUUGGAUGACCCACAUGUGAAAGCAAAUCUAUUAUUUCAGGCGCACUUUUCCCAGUUAGAGUUACCAAUCAGUGACUAUGUAACUGAUUUAAAAUCAGUGUUGGACCAAAGUAUUCGCAUCAUCCAGGCCAUGAUAGAUAUAUGUGCUAACAGUGGAUGGCUUUCAGCCUCAGUUAAUUGCAUGCAUCUUUUGCAAAUGGUCAUGCAGGGCUUAUGGUUCGAUAAGGAUUCUUCGUUGUGGAUGCUGCCAUGCAUGAACGAAGAUCUUCAGCAAUCACUAAGAAAAAGAGGAAUAUCUACAGUGCAACAACUAUUGGAUCUUCCUGGGGCAACUUUGCAGGCCAUGAUUGGAAAUUUUCCUGCUUCAAGAUUUUAUCAGGAUCUGCAGAACUUUCCCUGCAUUCGAAUGAAGUUAAGAGUUGAGAAAAAGGACAUUGAUGGCAAAAAAUCUCUCGCUCUGAAAAUAAAAUUGGAGAAGACGAAUCGCAAGCAAAAUAGAUCAAGGGCUUUCACUCCCCGAUUCCCUAAGCUGAAAGAUGAAGCAUGGUGGCUAGUUCUUGGUAACACAUCCACUUCUGAACUAUAUGCUUUGAAGAGAGUUUCUUUCACAGAUCACUUGGUGACCCAUAUGGAGUUGCCAUCAACAUUAACUUCUGUCCAGGGGAUGAAAUUGAUGCUGGUUUCAGAUUGUUACAUUGGUUUUGAGCAAGAACAUUCAGUUGAAGAACUUAUCAAAUCUCAACAAACAGAAGCAGGUGAUUGAAUAAGAAUUUUCUCAAUCCAACACAUUCGUGAAUUUCCGACCAAUAUUUGUGGGAGUGCGUUAUAUAAACUGCAUCCCUUCAAAGGCGGAUACCAUGGAGUUUUUCACAACUUGAGGAUUUUAUUUAUAGAUCUGGUGUGGUCAGAAAGUUGCUGUAGGCACUAGUUUUUUACCCUUACUUAUGAAACAAGUUUCCAAUUUUGAUUUCUAAAUACCCAAAAAUCCACAAAUAAUUAUAUUAGGCAUUUUCCAUGUGUUUUUUUUUUUAAAUAAAAAGAGUGCUUUAUUUUAGUUUUA